ACAAUCUUUUCUCUAUCACUAGUGUGGAGUGCAUUUACACAUCUGGAACAGACUGUAGCCUCUCUUUGAAGGUCAACGUUUCUCCUCUUGAAAUUUUUGUAAAAAAAGUUUAGGAUAUAUAGUCAAUCCUGCAUUGCAGGAAAUUUUUCGUUUUUAGUGGAUUAUAGUUUUAUCGCAUACAUAUCAUCAUGAGCUCUUUAGAAGAAAGACGUGAGGCCCGUCGUCGUAGACGUCAACAAGAAGAAGAGCUAGAUGUAAAAGGUUCAGUUACCUCCCCUGGUUUAGAUGAUUCUUUGAACAUAGAGAAGAAACAGAAGGAGCGAGAGGACCGCCUUCAAAGAAUAGCUGCCGGUUUUAGUACAAUAAAUGGAGAAGAUGAAUUAGAACGUCGUCGCAAGGAACGUCGGGAACAAAGAUUAAGAUCUGGUGAGACAGAAACCCCCUCAGAAGACACUUCCUCACGCCGAAGCAGAAGAAGGCGUGGCACAGAGGACGAAAUAGACACAUCAGCCACAGAAGAAGUAACAAGUACACGCUCACGUAGACGACGGGGUGAAGAGGAGGAAACUGACAGUGCACCAGUCUCAGUUCCAGAACCAGAACCAGAAUCACAACCCCAGGUAAACAACAACGCCGAAGAGGAAGAAAGUCGUCGACGGGAAGAAGAGGAAGAAGCUGAGAGACAGAGACAGGCAGCAGAAGAGGCAAGACGUAGGCAACAAGAGGAGGAAGAUAGAAGGCGACGAGAGGACGAAGAAAGGAGACAGAGAGAAGAAGAGGAUAGAAGGAAAAGGGAAGAAGAAAGCAGUGAAGAGACAGAUUCUGAAUCAGAUAUGGAUGAUGAGAGAGCUCGUGCUCAACAAAAAGAACAAGAUGAUCAUGAACGAAAGAUUGACGAACAACUAAUGAGACUAAAAAACUUAGACAAAGAAAAUGAUUUGUUACUGGAGGAAGAAGGCUGGAAUGGGACUACUAAUGGUGUUACUCAUGUUCAUAGGAAGUCUGAUGAACGAGGAAAAAUUUUAUCACCCAAGGAACCAGUUAGGCGUUCACUUACUGAAUAUUCAUUACGAACGGGGGAAGAUGGAAAAUGUGGAAAAUUAAAGACAUUUUUUGAAGAAAAAGUUGAAGGUCUUGUGAAUGGGGAUCAUAAUGAAUUGUCUAGGAGUCUGAAUUUUAGUAAAAAAUCAACAGGACAUGCAACUUUGGAAGACAAAUCCCCAGUGCAUGAAAAAUGGAAGAAAUUUGAAAUUAAUCAGCAAACAAAAGACUUACAGCAGGAAACUAAAAAAGAUUUGGCUGCUUACCAAGCCAAAGUUAUCUCCCCUGGUGCUUCUAGACUCAAAGAUAUCCAAAAGAAAUUUGAAGAUAAAACUAACACAGAAAAUUCAAGUAGUCGCUUAGGAAGAUUCAGUGCUAGUGAGAGUUAUUUAAAUGAAAAGCCUAUCUCGGAGAAAGACAACAAGAAACAUAUCUUAGAUCGCUGGCAGUCAGCAGUAGAAACUAAGAAAACUCCAUCAAAAACUCAGUCAUGGUUAUCUAAGUCUAUGAGUAUCAGUGUUGAGUACGAUUUAAAUAAAAAGGGAGAUAAGAUAGAACGAUUGACAUCAAAGUUUGACCAUAAUAGAAAUGAAAAACCGGAUAAGAUUGUUAAAAGUGCUACAUUACCCAUCCAAACAAAUAAAGAUAUGUCCUCGCUAAAACGUCAGUGGUCACAGAAUACUGAAGAAUCAGUCAAUACAAGUGAUAUUCCAGAACAAAGAACUACAAAUAGACAUUCAGUUCCUAGAGUUACCGAACGUUGGCUUCAUAAAUCACAUUCUUCCGUGGAAACAGUAUCUGCACUUCCUGCAGUGUCAGAAUCUAGAACAAGACCAUUGUCUACUUCCUCAGUUGAAAGUAAUAAAGAAAAUCAGUCUGAUCAGCAACCUCGGCCAGACAGUUGGCGACGGAGAAGUUCUGCAAAAUCGGAAGAGGAGGAGAGAUUAGAGAGGGAAAGACAAGAGGCAGAGGAAAGAGAACGUGAGGAGGCAGCCAGACAAAUGGAGGAACAACAAAAGAAGAAGAAGGGAAAGAGGAAGGGACUGGGUGGUCUCUCUCCAGAGAAGAAAAAGAUGUUAAAAGACAAUGAAUAUUCAUCAAGUGAUGAUGACGAUGAUCCAUACUAUACUUUUAUUGAAGAAGGAUCAAAGCAUUGGAAUGCUGAAAAGACCAGAAUUUUAGAACAAAGAAUAACCCAUUUGCAUGACCUUGCCAGCAUGGAUAAAGGUGAUCUGGUAAAACUAUGUAAACAAUUACAUCAACAAUUAUCUAAACUAGAAGAGGAAGUGUAUGACUGGGAGGUGAAAAUCAGAAAACAAGAUCAAGAGAUUAUCACAUUAACAUUAAAAGUAAACGAUUCUAAGGGAAAAUUCGCUAAACCAGUCUUAAAGAAAGUCAACAAAACAGAAAGCAAAUUUAAAAAACUAACUAGUAAAACAGCCAAAGAUAAAGCAGAUUUCAGAGAUAACCUGAAAUCUUCAGGACAAAGUAAAUUUGCAAUAGAUGAAGAAGAGAAGAAAUAAUCACCCUUUUAUAAAGAAGAUAUACAGACAGCAGAUGAUACAGCAGCAAAUGGAAUUUGAACUUUGACCUCAAUCCCAUCAUCCUUACAGGAAAGGCACAUCUGAUUUCAAAUGAUCCAAGGUUAUGUUGUAAUGACCUUGAAAAUUCCAUCAACCAUCAGAGAACCAUUUGCCAUACAGAACUACCAUUGAAUAAAAGUGUGCAUUUUUUUGUAUCGUAAAAGAUGAGAAUUUUACUUUUAACUUUCGAGUCUGUAUCUUCUUUUACUUAUAUUUGUGCAGGUUAAAUGCUGAUGAAGCUGUAACUAUAUCUCCAUGUUUUUAUUUUUUACUGAAUGUGAAUAUUUUUUGACAGAAUGUAAUGUUGUGAACAAUAUAGUGAUAUUAUUUAUUGUAGUUUGACGAUAGCCUUUACAUUAUAAAUCUACUGGCAGUUAAAAAGAUAAUUAUAUUGUGUUCAUGUCAGUGUACCGUUUCAGAAAGACGAUGAAGUAUGUAUCUAUAUUAUUAUAAGGUGCUUGACAGUAUAUUGAGAUUUUAUCUAAAUUAUAUUAUAGCCAUGUAAUAUUGUGAUAUUCAAAACUUUAUUUUUACAAAUUAGGAUUAUAGUAUUUAGAGUUUAUAAAAAUUGUAUUUGUAUUUAGUCAGUGAAACACAAAUCUCAUUCAGGCUAUACUAGAUCUGAAAUCUUAGACUUUUUAAAUAAUCUGAAUCAAUCAUUAAGAAAUUUUAUUCCACUUUUAAAAUUAAAUUUUUCUGAUUGUUGAGUUUUGUUUUUGUCUUGUUUUUGUAAAUUUUCUUAUUUUGAUUUUCUGUUAUAUUUUCCUCAUGUUUCCAACAAAUCAUUUAGACUAGGAAUAAAAUUCUAAUUACCUCCCUUUUCUUCACCUUUUGUCUCUGUUGACAGUUGGGAGAACCUUUCAGCAUUAAUAAUAACAAUUAACAAUCAGAUGAAUCCAUUGAGGUCAGUCAGUACAUAGUUGUUUGUAUUUAGAUAUAGAAUGUUGUUGUGUCAGAGAUAUUUAUUUAGUUGUAAGCCUGAUUAAAUCUGUUAUCAUUUGCAAUAAAUCUCAUUCCUUGCCAA